AUGGCUUCAACAUAUCACGAUGAUUGGCAGUCUAGUAAGCAAACAGUCUUACAAAGAAACGCGUAUAUGUUUGAUAACGAAUUGAUGAGCGAUGUAUCUUUCACUUGUGGGGAAUCAAGUCGCAUAUUUCAUGCGCAUAAAUAUGUGCUUGCCACGAGCAGUUCUGUGUUUUUUGCCAUGUUUUAUGGCGGUCUAGCUCAGAAAGAAUAUCCCAUUUGCCUUCCAGACGCAGACGAAGAAAGCUUCAAAGAAUUUCUGUGCUACCUCUACACUGAUGAUUGUAAAAUAACCGCAGUGAACGCGAUUGGAGUUUUGUAUUUGGCUAAGAAGUAUCUCAUGUCGUCUUUGACAGAGAAAUGUUGCAAGGUUCUUGAGGGAAGCAUUAAGCCUGAUAAUGCUUUCCUGGUGCUGGAGCAAGCAAUACAAUUUGAUGAACAAAAGUUGGAAGUAAAGUGCUGGGAUAUUGUGUCGAAGAAAACUCAGGAAUGUAUAAACUCGGAAAUAUUCUGUAAUGUCGGAUCUCAUACCCUGAAGGGUUUGUUAAAGAGCGAGACGUUGUCAGUAACCGAAGUGGAAUUGUUCAAAGCAGUGUUAAAAUGGGUAGACGGCGAAUGUUCAAGACAGGGUAUAAAUAUUGAAGAAGACAAAACGGCAAGAAGACGCAUCCUAGGGGAUAGUGUAUACGAAAUUCGUUUCCUGGAAAUGUCGCUGGAGGAUUUCGGGAAAUAUGUCUCUCACACUGGAAUACUAACGGAGAUAGAGGUUAUCUCUAUUUUCCAGACAUUUAGCGGAUUAGAUGUGGCUGACUUGAAAUGGAAGGAGCAAAAGAAAAGGGGGCCUCGUAUAGUCGCUUUCAGCAGAUUUGACGUUGUCAAUGCAUUAGCUGGUAGGUGGGGUUACGACGGACGUAAACCCGAUGCUCUUUCUCUGACUGUCAGUAAAGCUGUUCGCUUUCACGGUGUUCGUUUGUUUGGUGACACUAAUGGUAGCCAAUACGAAGUCAAGUUUACGGUAAAAGAUGAAAAUGUAACAGGGACCUACACUUCAGAACAAGACAAUGAUGGUGUGUGGGGAUAUGAUGUCAUGUUGCUCAAACCGGUUCCGAUACAGCCAUAUGAAAAGUUCACAAUAACUGCGACAAUAAAAGGUCCAACAUCUCACAGAGGUAGCAAUGGAAAAUCAUCAGUGAAUGCCAAUGACAUUGUUGUGACUUUUAAAAGCGCACCUACUGGCUUAAGUAGAAACGAUACAAGGAAAGAUUGGGGUCAGUUUUACAAAACUUUCCUUUCUGCACUGUAAGUAGAAACUGAUAUGACUUGAUCUCAACUUGCCUGGAAGAUUAACUUGAUCUAAGUGACUGGUGCUUAUUGUUAUGAGAUGUUUUACACCAGAGACAGAUACCAAGAUGCAUUGUCCGUCUGAUGGAUCAUCCGUCUCAGUUCUGGUUAACCCAAUAGUCAAUACGAACUAUGUAGAAAAAUUAACUACAAUAACGCAAACUAUCCAGGCUAUAGGCUUUGUCAGGUUAGGCAUAAGUGCGUAGCGUUAUGAAACUCAUCUUAUCAUCAAUACGAAUUCUUAGUAAAAUAAAAUAAAAUAAUAAUAUUCAUAAAAAGUAUAAAGUUAUAAUUGGUAUUAUUAAAUACAUUUUUGGUAUACUAUACGCGUUUAUUGAUUUUUGUAGCAAACACCGCGUCUAUUUAGCCGUUGGCAAAGCUUUUGAUUCGUAAGCCCGAAUACAAGGGUGUGGAUAAAAUGGGGACGCGGACUCUUGUAUAUUUAAUGAAACAUAGCCAUGUUUAAUUAAAUACCCAAACCAUGGUCAAAUUGGUGAAUGGUGGUGUGUGUUAGUAUAUUUUUAUUCCUUCUGGGGUUUGCACAAGUGACGCAACAAAAUAUCUGGACUGCGCAUCCAAAUGACGCGUUCUGCGCAGGGCUAAAUUGCAGUUGAACUCAGUAUAACAUAUAGCUGAGACUGGAAGCAUUAAAUAUAUGCAUAUCAAAGUAUCCCAUUGUUCAUCCUCGUUUCUAUGGAUCAACAAUCCCCUGUGACCGAACCAAUAUAUCACGAUCACGAAUAUACAAAAUUAUCUCGGUCAAUGGCAUCCGCCUCAGACAACAUCGACCUUGGUCUGAUAUGUUCAGCCGCAUCCAUCUUUUCAAUCGCGUUUCAUUUUGAAAAGCAGCGCCAUUUCACAGUACACUUUAUAAACUACCACCAGUUAUUGAAAUUGACAAAGUUAGUCUAAAUGGCAAAAUUUAGACUUCAGGUUUUACUAAAUACUAAGCCUAUGACGAAUCAGGCUACGUUAUGGACCCCAAGAGAGAAGACGAUGUUAACUAUUUUCCUUCUAUCAAUGUACUGUAAAUUUCAUGGCAAAUAAAUAUAAUUGAAAGUUGCAGUUACAAAUGCAACAGUUCUGAAGUGGACCAAUUGCUUACUAGUAAUGUACUCUCCAAUCGGCGACAAGCGUUUCACUCGCUAAACGCAUCAGUAAUUAUCCAAAUGACCUUAUCAAGGUUCAGUGGCCUCUUUAGUUUCAUUUUAACUUUGAUGUUUAUAUCACUUCCGCAUUUUACAUGCAAACACACGUCGCCGCAAAUGUUUUUUCUGUAGACAGUCGGACUCCUCAUUGAUAGUCGGACGCAUCAUUGGCCCGCGCCCUUAAACAAAAUAUUCAGCGGAUACUCGUCGCUCGCAAUUGGUGAUUUCAAAAUCAGUAUUGCUUGGUUGAGAUGUCAAAAUCUGAGCAUGACACAUUGUGGCUUCAUACCUUGUGUGGUGAUGACAUCCGACAGGAGCGAUUGGCAUUGCAGAAUACCAAUCCACUUUUUAAGCUAUGCCUUUCAAAAAUCAUGGAUACGAUGUAUUAAUACAUCUACAUUUAUUCUCAAUAGAUUAAUAAUUAGAUGGUGGCCCGGUAAAGGUAGCUACGAGAGGCAUAUAGUGACUUAGCAUUAAUAGAUUAAAUUAUCAUAGUGUUAAAUGUAGCUCUCUAUUCUAGUGGAUACGCAGAUACGCAGUCAAGUAGUUAUUUUGAGAACGAGGCAUACAGUUAGAUUUAAAGCAUUAGAUCAAAUUCUCACGCUAUAGGUAGCUCUAUAUGUUAGUGGAUACGCGAAUGCGUGGCAGUAAUUAGUUGGCAGUAAUAGAUUAAAUUCUCAUGCUAUAGAGAGCUUAAAUGUGGUGUAAUAUGCAAAUAUGUUCCUCACAACCGCACAUUGGUGUUUGACAGAUUAUGAUUAAUUACGGCGUCGCUGGGAGAAAAUAUUUUAUAUUAUAAAACAUACUAAGCAUAAUAUUAAACAUUAAAAGUCUUCCAUGAUAUUUCCUUUAUAGUAUCAAUUCGUAAUAUUGUCUUAGUAAUUAGUUUCAACUUGUAUAUUAGAACAAGGCAAUAAGAUCUGGUAUAUACGUAUCCAGUGAAAUAGUGGCCGGGCUACAUGAUCGAGAUCGAUAUGUAUUCCGUACACAGGGUAUUCUGCAAUACUUCUAUUUGUGAAAAGUGGUAUUGAUUGUCGCUUUGAAUCUUCCACUAUUUCCUCGCACGCUAGUUAUCUUAUCCUGAUUCUCUUCAAAAGGGAUGAUAUAUAGUUUUAACUCGCAAUAACCGUUCUUGAGUAUUUUCGGAACCAGAAAAACAAAGUUUGUAGAUUUAUUAUGGCAUCGCGAAGAACUUCGAAGUAAAUCGUUCAUCUUUCUACACGUGGUCGAAAAAGAACAAUGUGGAGUGAUGGAUAUAUGGUGCACCAGUGGGUUACGAAGGGAUUCAUUGAUAACGCGCGGAGGCCUGGACGCGGAUCAAUGAUGCGUCCGACUAUCAAUAAGGAGUCCGACUGUCUACGGAAAAAAAAUUUGCCACGUCGCCUUGUUGUACAAAACGUCUGUUCUAUAGCUCUGCAUUUUCUGACAAUAAGAGGACCACCAUCUCACAGAGGUCAGAAGGGAAGACCAUCAGCGAAAGUCGAUGACAUUGUCGUGACUUUUAAUGACGCACGUAAUUUAAGUACAAAUACUACGUACCCAUGCAUGCACAUAUUGGUCAAUUUUACAAAAUUUUCCUUUCCGCACUGUAAAAAGAGAAUUUGAUUUGAUUUUAGCCUGCCUCGAAGAUUAACUUGAUCUAAAUGACUGGUACUUAUUGUUAUGAGAUGAUUUAUACCUGAUACAUCAGAGACAGAUCAUCAUCUACCAAAAUGCAUUGUCCGUCUGAUGCACCAUCCAUCUCAGUUCCGGUAAACCGAAUACGAACUAUGCAGAAAAAUUAUACAAUAACGCAAUCUAUACAGGUUAGGGUUUGUCAGAUAAGGCGUAAGUGCGUAACGUUAUGAAACUCAUCUUAUCAUCUGAUCAUCAAUACGAAUUCUUAGUAAAAUAAAAUAAAAAAUAUUCCCCCAAAAAGUAUAAAGUUAUAACUGAUAUUAUUAGAUACAUUUUGAGAUGCACACUACCUUUAUUGAUUUUUUGUAGCAAACACCAAGUUUGUUUAGUUAGCAAAGCUUUUGACCCGUAA